AAAAAGCAUAAGGAAGGAAAAUAAAAUUAUAUUAACGGAUAACCGUUUAUACCGUUUGGAGUAUCUCCUUUAAAUCUUUUUCUCUUUAAAAAAAAUAAAAAUAAAAAAUAAAUAAAUCUUUUUCUCUUUGCAUGAGUGCGCACACAUUUUUCUUAAGAAAUUGGAAUCCUAACAUUUGUUCAUUUUAUUCUUUGUCACAUUAAUAUUAUUAAUUACCCUUUGAAAUAAUGCCAGCUGUGGUUUUUAGUAUUCCAUCAUGUUCUACUUUAAAUUUGUUGUAAGUAACGCUACAGUGAACAUUUUGCCCACGUUUUGUAUUUCUUUUUAAAUGUAUCCUUAUGAGGUAUUCUUAGGAAUAGCAUUAGUUAAUAAAAUACAUGAAUAUUCUCUUCAGACAUGAAAUUUGCUAAAUCCUUUUCCAGAAAGGUUGUAUUGAUUUUUUUUUUUUUUUAAGACUCUUUCUUUAGACUUGCAAGUUCAGGUCCUUGUCUUUGCUUAAAGGGAUUGUCUUAUUUAUCUGUAAAGACUUUUUAUUUAUUAAAGAUAUUCAUCCCUUGCCAAACAUGCCACAGAUAUUUUCCCCCGACUUGCCUUUUCGUUUUUUGUAUGAUACUAUUUUCCUUUAUGGUUUUCUUAUUUUUAAGCUUAAAAAACCUUUCCCCUAGGAAGAUACUCCUUGUAUUUUGUUUUAGUCUUCUUCAUCUCCCCUGCCCCCCCACAUUUACCUUUCUAGUAACUGGUUGUGAUUUAUCAAUCCAUGUGAAAUAAAGUUGGUUGCAACCACUAUUUUUCCAAGUAGAAAAAAUAAUUGCUAUAAAACAUCAAUACGUUGCAUGUAGAUGAGAGUGAUUGUUUUAGAGGGGCAUAUAUAUGUUAGGUUGCAAUCUAAAACAUGUUUCUGUGGGUAAGACACUUGAAAGCUGCUGCUGUAAUCCAUUUUGAAUUCUUUUCCGUGUAUCUGUGAGACGGGGGAGGCUCUAAUUUAGUUUUCCCUCCACACACACCAGUUUUCUCCACACUGUUGAAUACUGUUAGCACUGGACUGAAUUUGUGUCCUCCCCAAAUUCGUAUGUUGAUCCCCUAAUCCCCGAUGUGAUGGUAUUUGGAGAUGCAACAUUUGGGAGGUGAUCAAGUCAGGAGAGUGCAGUUCUCAUGGUGGGGUUCUUGCCUUUAUAUAGAAAACCCGAGAGAGCUUACUUCCUGUCUCUGCUCUCUCCAUGUGAGCGUCCAACGAGAGGAUGGCCAUCCACCAACCAACCAGGAAGCAGGUUCUCACCAGGCACCAGAUCUGCCGGCACCUUGAUCUUGGGCUUCCCAGGCUUCAGAACUGUGAGAGAAAUGCUUGCUGUCUAAGGCUCCCAGUAUGUGGUAUUUGUCCAGCGGCCUGAGCAGACUAAGACUUUUUCUGGCGUGUAGACAUAUGCUCAUAUGGCAGGUCUGGUUCAUUGCCAACCAUUCUAUUCACUGUUCUCUCCUUUGUAUCACUGCUACAUUGGUGUGAACCAGUGUUGCUUUGCAAUUAAUUCAUUUUUGUUGUUGGUAUCUCUAUACCUAUAAAUAUUCCCUAAAUGUUUUUUCAUUCUUCCAUAUUGUUAAGCAAAUAUUCUUUGGUUGUAAGAAAAAAACUUGACUGGAGGCAGCUUAAGCAAAACAAACGUAUUACAACUUCAGAGAAUCUCAGUGCACAGGCAGAACCAGCUGGCCCUCAGGAAGGGAUUACAGGUGGGAGGGGGAAGAACCGGCAACGGCUCCGAGCAGUCCCUUAUCUUCUGCCCUCUGUUGCCUCUGUCCCCAAGUUUAUGAUGUUAUAAUCCAGCCACUGCUGACUCUCAGGAGAGCUGGAUAUUCUCUGCAUCUCCAGAUCCACUGUCCCGCUUUCUCCAUCUGCUCCAUGGCUAGGAGGCUGGGUUUUAUAAACUGCAUCAGCCCAGCUUCUGGGCUGGCAGCUGGUUGGGAUCAGCCAAUGGGCGGGACUGGCAGGGGUGGGAGGACAGGAGGGUCUUGUUUAUUGGCCUGGGCUAGCUCUCCGGCUAGCCAGCUGGCCUUGGGGUGGCAGGGACUUAGCUCUGGCUAGAGUCCAGGAACAAUCCUCCCUUUGCUCUUCUGUGGCUGCAGUUUGAAGUUCACUUUGCUUUCUUGCCUAUCUUUCUCAAUGCCUCACCCUCUCCGGCCAAUUUCCCCUAACUCUGCCCACACCUUUGCAAGUAGCCCCUUUAUGAAAUUCUUCAAACACCAUCAAAGUGUGUUACAUGUUUUCCCCUGGGAGCUUGAGCCAGUCCAAAUUGCCGGUUCCUGGGAGACAGUGGCUUUGUUUUGGUUCAGGUAUCACCACAUCAAUCACCCAGGCCUGGGCAUGUCACAUCACGGUAGUGAAGGGGGCAGUCUCCUGCCCAAAGUCAGCUUCAUUGUGAACUGAGCUGUUGUAUACCUCACAGAGAGUUAAAGCAUUAACAAAUUAAAAAAUGUUUAAGUUGUGGUAAAAUAUACAUAAUAUAAAACUUACCAUUUUAACCAGUUCAGUGGCAUUAGUAAGUACAUUCAUGUUGUGCGCCCACCACCACCACCCAUCUCCAGAACCUUUUCAUCCUCUCAAAUUGACACUCUUUACCCUCUGAACCCUAACUCCUCUCCCCUUCACCAUAGCCCCUGGCAACCGCUGUUGUCCCUUUUGCCUCUGAUCACUCCAGGCACUUCAUUGAAAAAAUAAAUCUUAGACAAGUAAUACAGAAAUACAUUCUUGUCAGAAAGGAUGAAAACAUUAUGUAUAAGGCUGAACUAAAUCUGCCCCCCACCUCGGAUCCCCUUCCUCACCACUCACGAUGGUCACACACAGAGGUGACCAUGGUUAUUUUAGAGGCUGCGUUCUUCUGAAGCUUUUCCUAUGCCUUUCUUUGCCUACAUACAUGUGCUCUUAGAAAAUAAGUCAUUUCUCCGUUUCUCACGUAAAUGGUAUACUGUAUGUAGCAUUCUGCAACUAGAACUCACUUUUUAUUACCUGGCGCAUGUUGGAAGACUUUCCAAGUUUGUAAGACAGAACUUCCUCAUUCCUUAAAACUGCCUCAGGACCAGUUGGCCUGGCUUGGGGUAGAGCGAUAGAGUAAAAGAAUUGAUUCCAUCAUGGAAUGUUAUAACAUUAAAAUUUAGUUUUCCCGUUGGAUAGGAAUAUCAUAUGAUGAUGAUUUUUUUUUAAUUGGGAAAUGGUGGCUCUUGCUACUACCUCUGCAGGUUGGGGUAAUCGCAUUGGAAGAAAUGAUCUAAUUGUAGUUUAGGAGUGUGUGUGGCUGAACAUUCCAGUUUGGGCAAAGUAAAUAAUUCGCCUGUUCUGGCACAUCAUAUUCCUCAGGCUCUUACCUCAUGACUGAAUGAUUUUGUGUGUUUGUUUAGGACUCCAGUAGGAUAGGGGAGGCACUGGGGUUCUGCGUAGGUGGGAAUCGUUUCAUCGAGAAGGGUUUUUUCUGCCUUUCUUGUUUCACAGCUGGGUGCUCAGUGCUUUGCACACAGUCGAUUGCAUUUGACACACAGCGUUGGAAUGUCCCUGGGAUUGUGACUUAUGGCACUUACAAUUUAGGGGUGGGGAUGAGUGGGGAGAUACAGUUGAACAAGUACUUAGAAAAGAAGGUAGAAUGAAGUAAAUGUCAUUUAUUUUUACAAGACAGGUGCCGUGGAAGCCAUGAGAAAGGGGAGACCAAUCUACUCCCAACCAGAGAUCAGAAUGUCGAAGAACAAAAGUGAGGAGCAAAAUAGAUGCUUAAGAGUCAGCAGGGCCUCCGGAUGUGUGAACAGCCUCCCGCCAGCUCUCCUGCCCUGUGUUACGUAUGCCUGCCUGUUUUCUCUGUAAAGACCCUCGGGGAUCUGCCUAGAAAACAUCUUGGAUGAGGAGACAGAAGGUGAGGAAGGUUACGGACUGGCCAGAGGUCACACAGCUGGAAGAAGCAGGAUCAGGAUUCACAGCCAGUUCUGCCUCUUGCCAAGGCCUGGAUGCUCACACGACCUGCCCUUCUGCGCCUAGAAACAGCUUGAGAGCUGAACCGGAAUUGGGCCCACAGGCCACUACAGCAAAACCAGGGGUUCCUCGCCAGCGGUGUCCCAGCCCCAAGCCUGCCAUGCAUUCCCCUGCUGUGGUCACUACCCAGCGGGGCCCGGCUCUCUCUCUCCGGCAGCCCCCACAGGACAGGUUGGCCACUUGGGAGUGCCCAGUGCCCGGCUGGGCCCCAGGGGAAAUGAGGCCAAGGGGAAAUGUCUCCUGGCUCCUUCUCUCCCUCUUGCAGGAGCUGCGGGCUCCUUCAGAGCAGCGGUUGCUAUGCAGCCUUGUUUAUUCAAGGAGAGCGUGGUAGAGGCCGGCAGCGCACUAGCAGCAGGGCCAGGGGCCUGUCCUCUAGCCCGGGGCUGGCCAGGCGUGGGGCUGCCUCAUCCUUGCCCCCCUGGACUCCUGGGCCGCAUCGUCCGUGGAGAGACCACAGAGCCUGGGCUUCUUCAGUGACAGGGGUUGGCCUCUGCGUGGAAAGGCCCGACAAGGAUGCAGCUUUCCUGUGGAGGGUGUCCAGGCGCCUAGUCAGACAGCACUGCUGGUCUCCCAUGUGCCCAUCUCUGCCCGGGACCCACCCCUGGCGUCGUGGUGGGUGUGAAUUCACAGCACAGCAUCCCAGCCGCUCCCUACCAUAGGUCUCUGGAUGUUACAAGCUGUGGACCUCUGGAUCCCCAAGGACUGCGUUCACGGCCCAGGAAGUAGUGGCCUCUGGACAACCUCCCAGGCACCUUCACUGAUAGGGGCAUGGGCACCCGUGAUGCUGUCCCCCCAGCCAAGGUUCUGGCCCCAGUGGCCGUGUACCAUGGGAGUGUCCCUCGGACCAGUGCCGGGCCCCGCGCACUCCCAGACGGAAGCAGUGACUCCAGACUUCGGACUUAUGGAGAAGCCUCCCUCCAGCCAGCUCCGAAGGUCCUGCAAGAGGAGCCGUUGCAGCCCUUGAGUGGACAAGUGGACCCCGGCAACCUCAAGCUGGAUGCCCCUCCAAAGGGAUGGCAGGCCAGGAAUGGCCACCCCAGGAACAUUGCUGCCUUAUCUCUGGGGCCCAACCCCCCGGCACCCUUUUUGGAGUCUGAGGCCAACAGUGUGGCCCGGGACACCACCCAGAUCAAGGACAAGCUCAAGAAAAGGAGGCUCUCAGAGGGCUUGGCAUCAUCUUCCCAAGUCUCUCUGGAUCCUUUGGGAGGCCCCAGAGGAGUUCCUCUGAGGAGCUUCAUCCCCCGGGCCACCUCUCAGAGGCUGCUGAGGGUGCCCAAGCCGAUGCCCCCCAUCCAGAGCAUCCCCACCACCCCUGAGGCUGGCGGAGCCAAGGAGAAUGGCCUGGAUCUGCCUGGGAGCAGCCAGGGUCCCCAGGAGCUGAGACCCGGAGCCCAGGAGGUGCAGAUCUCCAGGCACUACCUGCACUGCAAGGAUGAGAAGAUGCACAAGUCACUGGGGGGUCUUGUGAUCCCGCCCAUCCAAAAGGCCGGGGUGCCCGCUGGGACCCCCUCCGGUGCACCUGGCUCCCUUCCCCGCCUCCUGCCUCCAGGCCAGGAUGUCCUCACGGGCCUGAGGGUCCCCCGCACACGAUUGGUUCGGGAGAGUGGGCCUCGGGAGAAGACCCCUAAAUCUCUGGAGCCAAAACCUUCGGCUCCACCUGCCAGACACAGGUCUGAUGCCCCCGAGAAGGCUGCCCUGCCUUCAUCUCAGUCUGCUUCUACGCUGACAACCUUCUCCUUCGGCCAUGCCAAAGAAGCCCGCCUCUUGCUCAAAGAAGAGGACCAGAGGGAGAGCAGUACCAAGAUCCAGGUCACCAUCUCCAAGUCUGCCCAGGAGAAGAUGCGGCUGAGGCAGAUGAAGGAGUUGGAGUUCCAGAGGGCACAGGAGCCGGAGAGGGAGAGGGAGCUUGCUUCCCAAAGCCUGGGCUCCCGGAGAGCCCUGGUGAAGGAAGGCCUCCUUCCCCUCCGGGGCAGUGGAACCUUGUCUGUGUCCACUGGGCUGAGCAUCCCACGCAGAAACAUGGGUGUCACCCUCAGGAAGCGGGCCAACCGGGCCUCACUACCCAGCAUCCCUGUCAGCAAGCAGGAGCCCAGCUUUGCCCGCCAUGCUUCAGCCAACUCACUCCCUGCGGUGCUUGCCUUGGGGUCUCCCGAAUGGGAAGAAGAGGAGGAGGAGAUGGCUCUCAGAGCCUCUAAGGAGCUGAGGCCUUUCUCGAACCCUGAGCUGGGGCUGAUGGAUGCCCUCCAGUGCCUCGAGAGCAGCGACUGGCAGAUGAAGGAGAAGGGCCUGGUGAGCAUUCAGCGCCUGGCGGCCUGUCAUUCAGAUGUCCUUGCUGGGAGGCUGCACGACGUGUCCUUGGCUGUGACGGGGGAGGUCACCAACCUCCGCUCCAAAGUGUCACGCCUGGCCAUCAGCACCCUGGGGGACCUCUUCCGGGCCUUGAAGAAGAACAUGGACCAGGAGGCCGAGGAGAUCACCCGCUGCCUGCUCCAGAAGAUGGGGAAUGCCAGCGAGUUCAUCCAGAGAGCGGCCAACCGGUCCCUGGGGGCCAUGGUGGAGCAUGUGACCCCUGCCCGCUCCCUGGGGGCCCUCACCUCAGCGGGCAUCUACCACCGAAACCCCUUAGUCCGGAAAUGCACUGCCGAGCACCUCUCAGCCGUCCUGGAGCAGAUAGGCGCCGAGAAGCUUCUCUCAGGCACCAGGGAGAGCACAGAUAUGCUGGUGCGCAACCUGGUGAGGCUGGCCCAGGACUCCAACCAGGACACCAGGUUUUAUGGCCGGAAGAUGGUGAAUAUCUUGAUGUCGAACACGAAGUUUGAUGCAUUUCUGAAGCAGAGCCUCCCGUCCCACGACCUGCGGAAGGUCAUGGCUGCCAUUAAGCAGCGGGGAAUAGAAGACAGUGAUGGACUUCCAUCUGCCAAGGGCCGCAAGGUGUCAAGGAGUCUGGUGCUGUGUGAGAACGGGCUGCCCGGCGAGGAUGGGCUCAGUUCCAAUGGCCCUCGGCUGGCAAGGCUACGGCCCUCCAUGCACAGUGGCCCGGAGGUGGUGGAAUGGCUUCGGGAGCUGACGCGACUGCUGGAGGCCAGAGAAUACCAGUCUCGGAUGGAGGGCGUGGGGCGGCUCCUGGAGCGCUGCAAGGCUGAGCCAGAGCUCAUCACUGCCAACCUGGUCCAGGUCUUUGAUGCUUUCACCCCAAGGCUUCAGGACUCCAACAAGAAAGUGAACCAGUGGGCCCUGGAGUCCCUUGCCAAGAUGAUCCCCCUCCUCAAAGCAAGCUUACACCCUAUGCUGCUCUCCAUCAUCAUCGCUGUUGCAGACAACCUCAACUCCAAGAACUCGGGGAUUUAUACCGCCGCCACGGCUGCGCUGGACGCCAUGAUUGAGAACCUGGACAAGCUUUGCCUCCUACAAGCGUUUGCUGGGCAGGUGCGCUUCCUGAGUGGCCGUGCAGUGCUUGAUGUCACAGAACGUCUGUCCGUGCUGGUGGCCUCUGUUUACCCCCAGAAGCCCCAGGCCGUGGAGCGUCAGGUCCUUCCGGUCCUCUGGUAUUUCCUGAACAACAUGACGGGGAACGGUGUCCUGCCUGGGCGUGGCAGGAACGUCCGAGUGGCGGUGUGCCGGCUGUCUAGGGGCCUCCAGGAACAGAUGGGCUCCCGGCUGCGGCACCUGGCUGCUGGCCAGCCAAAGCAAGUCCUCAAAAUGCUCCAGGAACUCUUAGACACAGAAUCCCGGUGAGGCAGCCCCAGCCAACGUCACCGACAGAAGGGUGGCAUCUGACAGCAAGACAACUGGCAGCUCGUGCCCCUUUCACCUGGGUUACAGACGGAUCUGAAAUGGGCAGUCAUUAUUUUUUAUCUUACUUGAUUUUUAUGAUGGAACAGUCUCCCGGCCGGACUUUCUCUUAGAGUUCCAGAUGCACAUAGUAUAUUUUGAAGUAGGAAUAAAGGAAUUAUUUAUUUUUCUAAGGCUUUA